AGUAGUGCUAGUAUGACGUCUGAGCAUGGCAUGAGCGUAUCACGCGUACUGUUGCUUCUGGCCGUGGCGGGCUGCCACUGCGCGCGCAACAAACCUUCUGGACGUGAUGAAGUACGCUUCGAAAGCAAAGACGAACAAUUCGUACGACCUAAGAUCGUGUUGACGCAGGCUAAUGGCGGAAGUGGCUUACUGCGCGUCGGCGUCCAGUCGCCGCGCCUCGACGUGGUCGGACCGCGGGACGUGACGCGCCGCCGGCCGGGCGCCAGGAGGGCCUACGAAGCGGGAGUGGACUUGGCGGCCGAGGUGGAGGACUUCCCGAAAGAGUACUAUAACAACGCGGACCAACUCGUGGACACCGACAAGCCCCUUCAGUCAGAUGACGAGCAGCUCUACAACGUUCAUAUGCGCGGGCGCAUCGAGCGCCCCUCCACCCAGUCCGGCACUCCCAUCACGCUGUUCUCUACCCGCAACUUGAUGACCCCUCGUAAACGGCUGCGCACCCUGUGGCCCAAUCUAUCUAUAAGUAAUGACUUACAAAAUAUUCUCCACUUCGAAACCACUUUAGUCGGAUAUGGCUUGCCCCAUUUAGACAACAUUGCACCAACUCAGGAACCCGACUUGCCUAUCUUCAGCGAAGAUCCGGCCGACCUUGCCGCCGAAACCGAGACCGUCGGGCUUACGGGCAAGACGAACCUCUCUAAGGCAAUAGCAAAAACUGACAAACCCGUCGCAGUCGACUUCACACCGAGAUUCCGCUUAAAUAACAGAUCGCAAGCAAGCCAUCCCAGCGUCCCGAAGAAGGAGAGGUUCGAGAAUUUCGUCAAAUUCAUACAAGCGAACAAUGACCUUGUCGAUGAAUAUAUCCAGAAGAAUCGUGGGUCGUACCAGGUGUCGAGUCAUGGCAAUCACGCCGAAAAACACCUUCUUGGGCGUAACAGCCUUGACUCCCAGGAGGCCCAGGGCGGGCACGCCCAAAGUGUGCACACCCAGGCCGGGCACGUAGGAGUGCCCAGAUGGAGCGUUGACCCCGCAAGUCAAGGCGAGCCGAAGGACACGGUGGUGGGGAAGAAUACAGGCCUUCUGACAGGAAGAGGUCCCAUGGGCCUCUCGACAGGACGAGGUCCUAUGGACCUCCCGUUCAGGAGAAGUCCUAUGGGGCUCCUGACUGGAGGAGGUACUGUCCCGAUUGUGCGACACCGGCUGUCCUAUCGGACUUCUAAGUCCAUCACCACCCAAAUGAACCACGUGUUAUCAGGGGAGAAAAUGGAGGAAUACUCCACCAUCAGCAAUUCGCGGCUGGUCGACAUGGCGCCCGCGCGCGGUGCGCUAAUCUCUCGCAUGCGUCACAAGGGUCGCAUCUGCCAGCGCCACGUGCUCAUGCCUGAGGGACCAAAGUACAACAGACGUGGCGCGGUGCACUUGAAAGAGUUCAAGUCGAUCUACGGCAAGGACUUCCCGCAGACGCGCGCGCCACGUGUGAUACUACCCGCGUGCUGCAACUGCUGCCGCAAGUCCGUGCUUGGAUGCGAGUGACCUCUACCACUGUCGACUCUUAACCACGAGUCUUAGUAAUAAAACC